AUGAAGAGUCAUAAAGCCAAAGUUUAUACAACUUACAUUGUUCGAAAAAAAGAUGAAGACACUUCCUUCUCCCGCUCAAGCUCAGAUGAAGAUGAAAUAGAAAAUCUAUGCUUAAUGGCGUGUCACAAGAAAAAAGACACGAAGGCUUUAGUUUGGAGUGCUCCAUCUGUGGGCUGGCUUAAAUGUAAUGUGGAUGCGGCUUUUAAUAACAAUAACGACACUACUAACAGGGAGUGGUGUGUGCGUAACCACCUUGGAAACUUUAUCUAUGCAGGUACUUCAUUGGAUCCCAGAACUCUUCCCGUCUUUGAAGCUGAAGCUUUGGCUCUUAAAGAGGCUAUUCUUGGAGCUAUUUCCUCGCAUUUGGAGUUUGUAACCUUCGAGAAUGAUUCCCAAAUAGUGACACAAGCUAUCCAAUCCAAUAGGAAGGGUGAUUCCGAGUUUUAUCUUAUUAUUGAGUCCAUUCGUAGUUUAUUGCUUUCCUUUCCAAACUUUGAGAAAAUCUAA